CCUCCACCUUCUCCCCCCCCCCAUUUCUUCUCUCUCCACCAACCCCCUUUCCUACUCCUCCUUCCUCCUCUUGAUCCUACUUUACGACCUCAACCUCCUCUUCCUUUUCACUCUUCCGCUGAUCAUCCUCCCAAGAGGAUCCUCCACCUCUUCUACCUCCACCCUGUCCUCCUCCUCCUCUUGAUCUGUCUUGAUCCUACACUUCUCUACCUUCUCCCUAUCCACCUCCUCCUCCUCCCCCUACUCCUAUUGAUUAUCCAGGAGCUUUUCAUUCUCCCUAUCAACCACCAUCACCACCUCCUCUUCCUCCUCCUCGUCUUGAUCCUACAUUCCUCUACCUUCUCCCUAUCCUCCUCCACCUCCACCUCCUCUUCCUCCUUCUCCUCUUGAUCUUGAUCCUCCACUCCUCUACCUUCUCCCUAUCCUCCUCCACCUCCUCCUCCUCUUCCUCCAUCUCCUCUUGAUCUUGAUCCUCCACUCCUCUACCUCCUCCACCACCUCCUCCUCUCUCCACCAUGGCGGACUGGGGUUUCCUGGGGGAGCUGUUUGAGGCCAUGCAGACCCACUCCCCGCUGCUGGGCCGCCUCUGGCUGCAGAUCAUGCUGGUGUUCCGCAUGCUGAUCCUGGGCACCGUGGCCUCUGACCUCUUUGAGGACGAGCAGGAUCAGUUCGAGUGCAACACCGCGCAGCCCGGCUGCAAGCAGGUGUGCUAUGACCAGGCCUUCCCCAUCUCACAGUACAGAUUCUGGGUCUUCCACAUCGUGCUCAUCUCCACACCUGCACUGCUCUUCCUCAUGUACAGCGUGCACCUCAGGUCCAAGAUGCACACCUGCCACCAAGUGUCGGCCGGCAUGGCGUUGCCGGGGAAAGCGCCGCUGGACAUGGUGGACGAGCUUCAGGAGCUGCGUGUGGCGCGUCUGUACAUGCUCAACGUGGGCUUCCGCUUCCUGGCAGAGUUGGCCUUCCUGCUGGGACAGUGGGCACUCUACGGCUUCGAGGUGGCGGCCCAGUACCCAUGCAGCCGGUUCCCCUGCCCCUACACGGUGGACUGCUUCACGUCGCGGCCCAUGGAGAAGACCAUCUUCCUGUGCUUCUACUUCGCCGUGGGGCUCCUCAGCGCCCUCUUCAGCCUGGCCGAGCUGCUGCACGUCUUCCACAAGUGGAGGCGGCGGAGGCGGGGCUGGAAGAGCAGGAGCGGGGCGGCAGGGAUGGGGACGGGGACUUCGCUGGACGAGGAGAUGGGUGGCACCGGGGAGGAGUGGAGGAGGAGGGGGGCUCUGCAGACCCUGCCCAUGAUCGCUGGAGACGGGGUCGGCGGGGGUGCAGCAGGGUUGAGGGGGGUUGGUGACGCGGGUGUUUUGGGGUUUCAGAGAGGGCAGACUGGGGCCGGUGGUGGUAAGGAGGGUGGCAAGAGGGGGCAGGGGCACCCAGGGAGAGGUAGCGGCAGCAGGGGCAUAGGCAGAGGCAUUGGCAGGGGCAGGAGUGGGGGGUCCAGUGCCAGCGGGGGCUGGGGGAAGGGCAGACGCAGCAGUGGCAGCAGUGCCAGUAGCAGGAUCGUCUCCAGCGCUACACGCAAGAGCACCCCAGCAGGCAGCCAGAAACUAGACACUCUCAUGGUGUAG